CCAUAAUUAAGUGAACGGACAAGACAUGUUGAUCUAAAAUAUCACGGAAUUUUGAGACUUUAAGUUUAAAUUUAAAAAGUGAAUUUAUCAGAAUUUGUUAAAUUGUAGUCAACACGGAAAGAUAUAUUGAUUGAGACGUGAUGACCGCCUUCGCACAACCCCCAACAGUCAUGGACCACCACCGGGAAGCUGAUGACCCUGUUGUUGACGUCACCGGCCAUACUGACGUCACAACAAGGUACCAGGCCAGGCGGCAAAAGGAAGGUCAAAAUGACGACACCAUAACGCACAGACAUGUGAAGAAACACCAUGGUGAGCGUUUUGAGUCUGAAAAUAACAAUAAGAAACGGAUACAAGCAUUAGAGAACGAGAAACUAGAAUUACUUAAAUUGAAUGAGCAGGUAAAUGAAGAAAAUAAAGCUCUAAAGGGAAACAUACUUUAUGGCCCAAAUGUUGUUAAAUUAAAACAAAUUGAAAAAGAAAAAAGGCUUUUAAAAAAAGAAGUGUUUAAACUAUCAGAGGACAAGCGAAUUCUAACAGAGCAAUUAAAAGAUGCUAAGAAUAGCUCUAAUGAGGUACGCGACCGCAUUUAUGAUAAAAACUGGGAUGGAGCUUUGGAACGAGCCAAACAGAGAAACCAGAUAAAGGAAAAGUCCACCAAGAUACCAGACAACGGAAAUGAAACAAAAGUUGAACCAACGAAUGGAAACUCUCAAAAUGUUGGCAUUAAGAUACCUAAUACUGUUCGUGAAACAAUUGAUAACAUUGAGAAAGAGGUCGAGUCAUUGUGGCGAAAUGUUUGGAGAUUUAAAUAUGAGAAAGACAUGAUUGAUACUAUGUUGAAACAAAAUGGCACUAUACAACGAGAGCCUACUAUUAUCUUAAAUGUUCUCGAGGAGAGAAUUGAAAAGGAGGUUGAACGUUUUAAAGAAAGUUUAGAUGGGAUGAUUAAGAAACACACAAAAUUCAGAAAAGAUAUUGGUAAACUUAAACGCGAGGCAAUUAAUGUAGAAAAAAGAGGUGGGAAGAACGAUACAGUUUGUGUAAAUCAAAAUAAGGACGAGGCAAAUGCAGUCCGAACAAUAUACACACAAACAGAUAUUACAGACACUGGUGCAGAUGAAGCAGGAACAGGGACUAAAAAGAAAUUGCAAAAAUCAAAGAUGACUCAAACACUAUAUGAUGAUCACAAAUCUACUAAAUUAAACACUCAGCCAAGAAAUGCGUUAGAAAGAAGAAAAGAAUAUGACAAGGCAUCACUUUUGCCAUCCAGCAAACGUGGUAACUCACCUGGCGGUGUAGUUAAAAGCAAACCUGUACCAACUGACAGCAAUGUGUCACCACCCCAUUCCAGAACGCUAAAAAAUAAAGAACCAAAAAGAGUCGAUAUGCAUUCCGAUGGUAAAUUGUCAACUAAGAAAACAAAUGACUACGGGAAACGCUCAACGGCGAAAACCGCUCACAAUAUUAUCCCGGUGCCCAAAUGCACGCACGCUGGUGAUGAAGCCUCUGCUCCUGUAUCGGAGACAACAGCCCGGCACAGAUCUUACAAGGUCGACAAACGUUUUCCGUCUCAUACAAAUGGUAUCAAGAAAAUAGUAACAAGAAAUGACGACUCUCCGAUAAAUACAACACAUCGCAGUGUGAGAAAAGUCCCUGAACAAACAGGCAGUUUGGUUAAGGUUACCAGCAAACAUGCUACAGAAUCUUCAAACCCGAUGGAGGAAACAACCCAGACACGCACAGCAAACAAAGGUUCAAAGACCACAUCGAUACAUGGGCAACAUUGGAAACAAGAAACGAAAACUGAAUCUUCUGGUUAUAUUGAGAAAAAACACAUUACCGAACAGGAAUCCGAGAACACGAUUAGAAAGUUGAAUAAACGAAAUCAAGGUAGAGGUGAAUCGUAUGAAUUGUCAGAAUUCAGAGACAAAAUCAUGGACGAUAUGCGGCCACAAGAUACUUACAAACACCGAGAAUAUUUAUCAAAGGAUUGGAAAUCCAUAUCACAAAGUCUAGACAAGAUCAAUGCCGUGGAGGAUACCACAAGCGAACAAGUGCCUAAAACUAAUCGACCUCAUGUUAACCAGAGCAAGAAGCACACCACAAAGAUACGCAGUCUUCCUUCCAAAAUUUCCUCACCGGAAGUGGUUUAUGCGCCAGAGAAUGCAAUACCAAAAGGCUUCACCUACGUCAAUGAUGGGACCGAGAAGAAAAUCUGGAAAGUUGCACACAACUCACCGACAUAAAAGAGUAAGGGAAAUCGAAGACCGUGUAGAACGCAGAAACGAAAGCAAAUAUGACAAAGUACUGGCAGACCUAAAAAAGCAGUAUCAAAUUGCUGCGUGUGAACCUGGGCACAAACAUCGUGAAAUAGAUAAGGUUCCUGACCCACUUGCAAAAAUAUCUACUGAAACUUUGGUAGAAGUCACGCAUAUUGAUACAAGUAUUCAUAAACUAAAAGAGUCAACAGUUGAUCAUAUAAGCCAAAUAGCUACUACCAAUGAUAAAUAUUACGGUAAUGUUGAUACGGAUCUUUCCCUGAUUCCUCUUAGAUUUAAAGAAAACGGCCGCACUGUUGUUUUGAACUGAGCGUUCAGGUUUGAGAUACUGAUGAAAUUGAAAUAUAGACGUAGACAGUUUCAGUUGAUUAUCGAACCGAACAAGAAGUUCUUAAUAUAAAAAAAAAACGAUUUAUUGUUUUUCAGCAAUUGAAAACGUCAUAUAUCAUAUACAUAUGUGAUAUGUGUUGUAGAUGUACAUUGUUCAAGACUUAAUAAAGUGUA